AUGGCAAAUGAAAUUCUUCCUAUAAUACUACAAGAGCAUUGUCAGCUUCUAGAACUUGGUGUUAAUCCAACUAAUAUAUCAUUCAAUUGGUUAACUAUGGAAUCCGAUCGUUUUAUUACUGUACGUGAAUCAAAUGGGCAACAAAACCACGUUGUGAUUAUUGAUCUAAAUGAUACUCAAAAUGUUUUGAGGCGACCGAUUGCUGCCGAUUCUACUAUAAUGCAUCCUAAAACAAAAAUUCUUGCACUGAAAGCUCAACGGUCAUUACAAAUAUUUAACCUUGAUGCAAAAGCCAAAAUCAAAUCUCAUGCAAUGAAUGAAGAUGUUGUCUUUUGGAAAUGGGUUAACGACAAAGCAAUUGGACUUGUCACUCAGACAUCUGUUUACCAUUGGUCAUUAGAGGGUGAAUCAAAUCCAGUUAAAAUUUUUGAUCGACACGCUAAUCUUAAUGAUACACAAAUCAUUAAUUACCGUGAAGGAAAUGUUGUUGGUUAUAUUCAAUUAUAUUCUAAAGAUCGUCAGGUCAGUCAGUCUUUUGAAGGUCAUGCAGCUGCAUUUGCAACUAUAAAAUUGCCAUAUGGCAAAUCACCUACAAGUCUGUUUACCUUUUCUGUUCGUAAUUCUCAAGGAGCAAAGUUACAUAUUGCAGAAAUUGAUCACAAAGAUGAAAAUCCUCCAUUUCAAAGAAAAUCUGUUGAUAUUUAUUUUCCAGCUGAGGCUGACAAAGAUUUUCCUGUUUCUAUGCAAAUUAGUAAAAAACAUGGUAUUAUAUUUUUAGUUACAAAAUUAGGCUAUAUUCACCUUUAUGAUUUGGAGACUGGUACCCGUUUUUUCAUGAAUAGAAUAAGUGCUGAAACUAUUUUUGUCACUGCGGAGCAUGAAGCAACUAGUGGUAUUAUUGGCGUUAAUAGAAAAGGACAAGUUUUAUCUGUGUCUAUUGACGAAACAAAAAUCAUUCCUUAUAUUAAGGAUUUGUACCAGGAUAAUCCUGAUUUUGCUAUCAAUAUAGCAACAAGAUCUAAUUUGGGAGGCGCUGAAGAUAUAAUUUUACGAAAGUUUACUGGCCUAUAUUCAUCAGGGAAUUAUACCGAAGCUGCAAUACUUGCUGCUAAUUCACCACUUAGAACAAUAGAUCUUUUAAAAGCUAUUGUUAAUGUUGCUCCUGGUGAACCGUUACCAUUUGAACAGUACUUCACUAUUCUGUUAGAGAAAGGCAAUCUUAACCAGCAAGAAUCAUUGGAACUAGCGCGGCUUGUUAUGACACAAAAUAAAAGAGAACUAUUAGAAAAAUGGUUGAGAGAAGAUAAGAUUCAUUGUAGUGAAGAACUUGGUGAUUAUGUGCGACCAUUUGAUAUAACACUAGCUUUAUCUAUAUAUCUUCGUGCCAAUGCUCCUAUUAAGGUCAUUGAAUGUUUCGUUGAAAAAGGCGAAUUUUCCAAAAUAACUGUUUAUGCAAAAAAAGUCGGAUUCCAGCCAGAUUAUUCUUCUCUUCUUCAAAAAAUUAUGAGAGUUAAUCCUGAUAAAGAUGUAUUUAUGUCGCAAAACAUGAUUCAACAAUCAACAUCAUUCCUUCUUGAUGCUUUAAAAGAUAACAAACCAGAACAUGGACAUCUUCAAACUCGUUUACUUGAAAUGAAUUUAUUGCAUGCUCCUCAAGUAGCAGAUGCAAUUCUUGGCAAUAAUAUGUUUACUCAUUAUGAUAAACCUACUAUUGCACAUUUAUGUGAAAAAGCUGGAUUAUUUCAAAGAGCUUUAGAACAUUACGAUGAUUCCAAUGAUAUUAAACGUAUAGUUGUACACGCUCAUGCUUUACCCCCUGAUUUUGUUGUCCAAUAUUUUGGAAAUCUUUCGGUUGAUAAUUCACUUGAUUGUUUAAAAGAAAUGCUCAAAGUUAAUAUUAGACAGAAUUUACAAGUAGUAAUACAAAUCGCUACAAAAUAUUCAGAGCAAUUACAACCAUUAAAUCUAGUUCAAUUAUUUGAAUCUUUUAAAUCAUACGAAGGUCUGUAUUAUUAUCUUGGCUCAAUUGUUAACCUCAGCACUGACCCCGAUGUGCAUUUCAAAUUCAUCCAGGCAGCUGUUAAAAUAGGACAAACUAAAGAAGUUGAAAGAAUAUGUCGUGAAAGCCAAUAUUAUGAUCCUGAAAAAGUUAAAAAUUUUUUAAAAGAAGCAAAACUUCAAGACCAGCUUCCAUUAAUUAUUGUUUGUGACCGGUUUGAUUUUGUACAUGAUUUAGUUUUAUAUUUGUAUCAGCAAAAUUUAACUAAAUACAUUGAAGUAUAUGUUCAGAAAGUUAAUUCUGCUCGUACCCCAGCUGUUAUUGGUGCUUUAUUGGAUGUUGAUUGUGAUGAAAUUAUCAUUAAAAACUUAUUGAUGUCAGUUACUGGAUCUGUUCCCGUUGAUCAACUUGUUCAAGAAGUUGAAAAAAGAAACCGUCUUAAAUUAAUAUUACCGUGGUUGCAAUUGCGUGCUAGCGAAGGAAAUCAAGAUCCCGAACUAUACAAUGCUUUGGCUAAAAUUCGUAUAGAUAGUAAUACUGACCCAGAAACUUUUCUUAGGGAGAAUACAUAUUACGAUUCCAUGACUGUAGGAAAAUAUUGUGAAAAACGGGAUCCUCAUCUUGCCUUUAUUGCUUAUCAACGUGGACAAUGUGAUCUUGAACUUGUAAAGAUAACAAACGAAAAUGCUAUGUUUAAACAUCAAGCUCGCUAUUUGGUAAAACGUCGUGAUCCUCAACUUUGGGCACAUGUGUUAAAAAAGGAUAACAUGUAUCAUAAGAGUUUAAUUGAACAGGUUAAUGCUAUAGCUUUACCAGAAACUACAGAUCCAGAAGAUGUUUCUGUCACAGUGAAAGCUUUUAUGGCAGCAGAUUUACCAUUGGAACUUAUUGGAUUAUUAGAAAAACUUAUUUUUGAAAAUACAGCGUUUAGUGAUCAGAAAACACUUCAAAAUUUACUUAUUCUUACAGCCAUCAGGGCAGACAAAGCUAAAGUAAUGGACUUUAUAAAUAAACUCAAUAAUUUUGAUGCACCUGAAGUUGCAGAUAUUGCUAUAAAAACUAAUUUAUAUGAAGAGGCAUUUGCAAUUUACAAGAAAUACAAUGAACAUACAAGUGCUAUAAAUGUUUUAGUUGAACAUAUUGCUAGUCUUGAUCGUGCAGCAGAAUUUGCUGAAAAAUGUAAUAUCCCUGAAGUUUGGAGUCGAUUGGCUAAAGCACAAAUCACUGGUUUAAGAAUUAAAGAUUCGAUUGAUUUUUAUUUAUAA